AUAAAAAUAUUCACUAGGAUUUAUUUCUUUAUUUUAUUCAUUCAUAUUAUAUAUAUAGUCUUUAUCUUAUAAUAAUUUUGCAUUGCUUGCCAUGUAAUUCAAGAUCAAUUUGGAAAAUUUGCAAGAUUUGGGAUGAAAUCUGGUCGGAUCUUGCUUUGUGGGAUGUGGAUUUUGGUGGGUCUUAUUUUUCUACAAAGCUCAUCUUCCAAUCUCAUAUUCCUCCCAUAAACACAAAAAAUAAACCCAUCUUUUCCUUCCUCAAGGGUCAAGAGAAGAACAAAAAAAAGAAAGUUCUUUCCAUUUUCCAUUUCUUUGCUUCUUUCACUUCAUUUUCAAAUUUCAUUUACCUUCUUUUAGUCCUUAGUUGGAGAAAAUGGGAAUGGCUGCAGAGUCACAGUUUCAUGUUUUGGCUGUUGAUGACAGUAUCAUAGAUAGGAAGCUUAUUGAGAGACUUCUCAAAACCUCUUCAUAUCAAGUUACUACAGUUGAUUCUGGUAGCAAGGCUUUAGAGUUUUUGGGUUUGUGUGAGAAUGAUGAGACCAACCCAAAUACACCAUCUGUAUUUCCUAACAAUCAUCAGGAAGUGGAGGUGAAUCUUGUUAUAACAGAUUACUGUAUGCCUGGCAUGACAGGCUAUGAUUUGCUUAAGAAAAUCAAGGAAUCAUCAUCAUUGAGAAACAUACCAGUGGUGAUUAUGUCAUCUGAGAAUGUUCCUUCAAGGAUUAAUAGAUGCUUGGAGGAAGGAGCAGAAGAGUUUUUCUUGAAGCCUGUUAGGUUAUCAGAUUUAAACAGACUUAAACCUCACAUGAAGAAAACCAAAUUGAAAGAUCAAAAUCAAGAAACAGAACAAAAAAUAGAAAAUUCAGAAAUUCUUGAAAAUGAAGAACAGCAUCAAGCAUCAAAAUCUCAACAUUCACAUUUAGAGUCAGAGUCACAAACACAGACACAGUUACAAGCACAUUCAACUAUAGAUCAACAGCAACAGUCACUACAACAAGCCAACAAUAACAAGAGAAAGAGUGUGGAACAAAGUCUUUCAUCUGAGACUGACAGAACAAGACCAAGAUACAGUGGCAUUGCUACUGUUGUAUGAUUGUUAAAUCAUUUGGCAAAUAAUUUUCUUGAAUUUCAAAGUGUAAUUCUUAUUUAACUUUCUUUAAAAAUUAAAUAUUAACUUGGGUGUUGGUUUAUAUAGGCUCUAUAGGAGUGUAGUGUAGAGUUGUUCACUGUAAACAUUUCCUGGAAAUAUUCCCUUCCAAUUUUGUUUCAUAUGAAAAUGAAAAGAAAAAAAAUUGAAUGUGUAAGAGCAUGGUUGUUUUCUGAUUAA